AUGUCAAGAAGUUUGUUCCUUCGUAUUGUUGAUGCAGUGAAAGAUCAUGACUAUUACUUCCAACAACGAAGUGAUGGACUUGGUAGAAUGGGAUUAUCACCGUUACAGAAAGUAACAGCUGUUUUUCACAUGUUGGCAUACGGUCUACCAGCUGGUGCUACGGACGAAUACGUUAAAAUAGGUGAGUCAACAGCAAUUGAAAGUAUGACAAAAUUUUGUCGUGCUAUGGUGGAAAUAUUCGCAGAGCGGUAUCUACGAACACCUAACGCUAACGAUAUUGCUAGGCUACUCUAUAUUGGAAAAAAACGUGGUUUUCCAGGAAUGUUAGGAAGUCUUGAUUGUACCAAUAAUGAUAUCAAUGUGCUGGAGUCAUCUAAUCUUUUCUCUAACCUAGCUCAAGGUAUUGCUCCUCCCGCUCACUAUGUUAUUCAAGGAAAAGAGUAUAAUAUGGGUUAUUAUUUAGCUGAUGGUAUAUAUCCGAAAUGGGCUACUAUUGUACAAACAAUCCAACAGCCACAAGGUAGGAAGAAAAAAUAUUUUGCCAUGAAACAGGAAGCAUGUAGAAAAGAUAUAGAACGUGCGUUCAGAGUUCUCCAAUCACGAUUUGCAAUCGUGGCAGGAUCAGCACGUUUUUGGAAAAAACAUGUAUUAUAUGACAUAAUGACUGCAUGCAUUAUUAUGCAUAAUAUGAUAAUCGAGGAUGAACGUGAUCUUUAUGCACUAAUUCAAGAAGUGAGGGAAGCACCAACACCAGAAGUUGAUAUGGUAGCAGAUGAAACUACAAGAUUUACUCAAUUUAUUGCACGUUACGGAAAAAUCAAGGAUAAAGAUGCCCAUAUUGCGCUUCGUAAUGCAUUGAUAGAUCAUCUAUGGGAGGAAUACACUAAUUCAGAUAGUUAA